CAGCAGCCAGGAUUCGCACCGCGGGGCAAUCAAGAGUGAACAAAUCAGAGAUUCCAAAUCUGUCGUUGGUGUUGGUAAUAGCGGAAGUCGUGCAGAUUAAAACGUGUGUCUGUAAGGGGCGCAGAUAACAUUCCUACUAUGUGACUCGAUCCUAUUGCUACCCUAACCACGCCAACCCCCAAGGCAAUAGGCCCUAAUAAGCAGUAUACCUUUUGGGUUGUUGCUUGCUGACCCCUCGGCUCUCUGAAGCUCAGCUAGCUCUAUAAGAAGGUCAUUCCCGUGAAACAUAACACGCGCAAUCUUUUUUCCUUCACGACCUCAACGCUAGACUUUUCAAUUCAGACAAGCUCGAAACCAUGGAUAUUACUGGAAAUGCCUUCGUUACUGGUGGUGGAAGCGGUAUUGGCAAAGCUACCACCAUUGCCUUAGCUAAAGAAGGCGCCUCAGGGGUUCUCAUAGCAGAUCUUAACCUCAAAGCCGCGCAAGAAACAGUAGCUGAAGCUACAGCCGCCGCGACCAACCCCAAGUUCCGCGCGGAGGCGAUCGAAGUCGAUGUCUCAAAGGAAGAUUCGGUUAAGAACGCCGUGGCGCAUAUGGUCAAGUCCUUCGGCCGUAUCGAUUACUGUGUACACAGCGCAGGUAUCCCCGUCCGAGUACCCGCCCUAAUCUCCGACGACAACUUCCCCGAAGUGCGGGCACACCUAGACAUAAACGUCUACGGCACAUACCUAGUCCUAGGCCAAAUUACAGCAGCGAUGAAAGUCCAAGAACCAAAGCCGAUCGACCCCAACCUCCCGCAGAUAGGCAGCACCCGCGGCACAAUCGUCAGUUUAGGCUCCGCAGCCUCGCUCCUCGCGCAACCGGGUUUAGUCCAAUACGUCGGCGCAAAGCACGCCGUGCUCGGAAUCGUGAAGACUGCUGCUAUUGAGGGCGCCCCCAUCGGCAUCCGCGUAAACUGCAUAUGUCCAAGCUGGGUCGACACACCCAUGCUAGCGCAGUGCAAGGAGGCAAUCCCACAGUUCAACGAGGACACUAUCACAUACGGUAUCCCGAUGAACCGUAUAGGUGCUGCUAAGGAGAUCGCCGAUGUGGCUCUUUUCCUAGUUAGCCCGAGAUCUAGUUUCGUGACGGGUGCUAUCGUGCCUGUUGAUGGUGGUAUGUCGAUUAGCGUUAAAUAAACACAAGUAUCGAUUAUACUAUGAAAUAUCCGCCUCUACGGCGACUAUACCGUAUGCGCUUCAAUAUACUCUACCCGCUUAAUUCGGAACUCGCUGCUACUAGUAUCAUUCAUAGCAUCACUUGUAAAGCAUUAAACACGAAUUCCUUGCAAUUGU